AUGGUGUGCGUUUUGGGAAUCGAAGGAUCCGCUAAUAAGAUUGGGGUCGGUAUCAUUCGUGACGGCGUCGUUCUCUCGAAUCCACGGGCCACAUUUCAUGCGCCGCCCGGAGAAGGAUUCCGGCCAACGGAAACCGCUCAACAUCAUCGGCAACAGAUCGUUCGUCUAGUUGGAGAGGCGAUUCGUGAGGCUGGAAUUCAGGAUCCGGAGAAGGAAAUCGAUGGAAUCGCAUUCACCAAAGGACCUGGGAUGGGAGCACCCCUACAGGUUGGCGCCAUCGUCGCUCGUACACUGUCCCUCCGAUGGCAAAAACCCAUCAUUCCGGUCAAUCACUGUGUUGGACACAUUGAAAUGGGUCGACUGAUCACGGGGGCGGAUAAUCCUGUUGUUUUGUAUGUGAGCGGUGGAAAUACACAGGUUUUCCUACCCAACAAGCGCUACCGUAUCUUCGGUGAGACCAUUGAUAUCGCCGUCGGAAAUUGUUUGGAUCGAUUUGCUCGAGUUUUGAAGCUUCCAAAUGCUCCAUCGCCUGGAUAUAAUAUUGAGCAACUGGCAAAAUCUGGAGCUAAGCUCUUCGAGCUACCAUAUACCGUCAAGGCAAGGAUGGACGUCUCCUUAUCGGGAAUCCUGUCUUGCAUCGAAUCCCGCGCUCCACAACUCCUAGAAUCUAGAGAAUACACACCGGCGGACCUGUGCUUCUCCCUCCAGGAGACAGUUUUCGCUAUGCUCAUCGAGAUCACUGAAAGAGCGAUGGCACACACUGGAAGUCGUGAAUUGCUCAUCGUUGGAGGUGUUGGAUGCAAUUUGCGGUUGCAGGUACUAGAAAUCGUUUUUUUAGUAAAAAUUCGUCUGAAAAAACUCAUUUUUUUCAAUCUGUCCGAAUUUUCUAAAAUUUUUCGUUUUUUUCAGGAAUUCGUGAAAUUAAGCGGCUGGAUAGUGCUUCUAAGCAUCGUACCAAUCGUGUUCAGCGCCAUAACCAUCAUUCUUCUCUGCUCGUCGCUUCUAAAAGUCAAAAAGAUGAUUGCAAUCUGUGACGGCAUCUCGGCCAGUGCUCAUUGGCUCUCACGGACCGCCGUCCGCGCCGGUAUCGGAGAGACCGCCCGUGUGACGAUUCAAGAAUACGCCGGAAACAAGCCUGAACUCAAGAGAUUGCUCAGAUAA